AUGUUCUCAGAAACUUCACCUAAUUCUCUAACAAUUGAACUCGCAAAGCUCCAGAUCACCAAAAGUAUCUGUGCAGCAAACAAUAGUAAUGCAUUAAAGCUUACUUUAAUAAAAACCAAAAACAUUUCCGAGUACAAAGAAGAGUCUCUUCCUCCUAAGAAAAGGCAAUGUUUUCGAACAGCUACUAGCUCUCAAUCAUAA